ACACGUUCACCACAGACGUUACUUGUCUUUCGACAACUUACACUAUCCUUUCGCGUCCUUUGUAUACUUGAUUAUUUCUCAGUUCUUAACGACUAUGUCGUUCAUGGAUGAGAUACGCAAGAUUCCUCCUGUAACUAGGACCCUAUGUGGUUCAUUACUUGUGGUGUCAUUACCCGUCAUGUUGCAUAUUGUUUCUCCUUACAAGAUCAUCUUUGUAAAGGAACUUGUGACGAAGAAGUUUGAGAUAUGGCGGGUCUUCACCAGCUUCUUCUUGGGAGGCUCGGGCAUUAACUUUAUUUUUGACCUCAUCAUGCUCUACCGCAAUUCCGAUCAACUAGAGUCAAAUAACUAUGUGGCCCGAUCGGCUGACUAUGCCUGGCAACUCCUCAUUGCAGGAGCCGCGAUAUUAGCCAUGAACAUUCCAUUACAAUCAUUCGUCCACACACGACCGCUACUCAUAGCGCUCACCUAUGUCUCUUCCCGCCUGGCUCCCCCAGGCACACAAACGUCAAUAUUUGGGCUCAUCUCCAUGCCUCUGAUCUACUUCCCGUAUGCUCUUAUUGCCCUCGACCUCAUUAUGGGAGGCCCGCAGGCUGCUGCAUCUAGUGUCACAGGUGCUGUCGUUGGACACCUAUGGUGGUGGGGUGUAUGGGAAACGCGCGCCCUGGAAAGAGCUGGACGGGCUCCAGUAUGGUUGCGCAGCUUUGUUGGCAAUUCUGACGGACCAAGGCCGGGCAGUACAGGGGGUAGUGGCUCAGGCGUCCAUGUUAUUCCGCCGCGAAGAGUAAGAGAAGAAGCCGCCGCUACGACUGGUGGGUAUAGAUGGGGUUCAGGACAAAGAUUAGGUGAUUCAUGACUUUGAGUAAUAUUUCUCCAUUCCCGGAUUUGGCUCUUUGGAAUUGAGUUUCUGGCGGGUGCUUUGUAUUAUACGGCAUAUUUGUGGCUACCAUCAUCAUUGGGAUUGACUUGCGUUUUAGGAAGGGUUACCGCCUACCUGGUGCGCCAUGGCAGUGAUCCUGACUCUCGUUGCAUGCAUCCACCUUAGAGGGCUAUCACUGUAAUGCACUGAGGUUCACCAAGCCCACUCGGCGUUGAGACACGAAAGCCAAUCU